AUGUCUAUUCAAUCUUCCCACUUCCUUCGACUACCCAUUGAACUUCGCCUAAUGACCUACGAACACUCUUUCGACAACCCGGACGCAACAUCCCUAUCGCAUUCACUCACAUUUGUAUCGGAACAAGUCAGCGAAGAAGUCAUGCCCAUCUUGUUGCGCCUCAACUCAGGUUACUUCUGGACAGCAAUUCCUUGUGACGAAGAGUGGUAUAUGGCUAUCCGGCCACGCAAAAGAAUCUGGAGAAUGCGCCUGACCAACAUGAGCGAGAAGCCCCUGAAUACGAUGCCGGAGAUGUACACUACAAGCACUUACCACCUGCUCGUGGGUCGCCGGAUGAUGGGGUUCAGUGAUUUCUACGACAGACUCAGCAAGAAUGACUCGAUGGGAACGGUUGUUCCAGGAUAUGGCUUGUGCCUGGAGUACAAGGACCAACAGGAUGGCGUGAAGCGCCUGAUGAGAGAGAGAUUCUCCAAAGGUCGUGAGAGCAACAGUCCAGUCUUUUGGUUCGAGAGAGGCAGAGCAGGAGCCCCAGAAAUCAACAAGAGGUUGACUGAACGAGUCUGGCAUCAGCAGUGGCACGGAGGUGGUCGACGAGGGCCCACAAGCGGAUGGAUGUGCAGGCUAAUAGUGGAUGAGAUCAAAGACACAAGAUGA